AUGCAAGGCGCCGGGCUUGCGGAGGAGUUCAAGAAGAUCUCGCAUCUCGAGGCGGAAAGGAUGAUCAUUGCCGAUCAAUGCGAUGGGGCGCGACGAUCGUCGCUCGUCGGGGUUAUCCCGAUGGAAAUGUGCCAAUGGAGACGUCCGAUGGCCAAAAGCAAGUCGAACUUUACGACCUACUCCUUGGUGCAGAUGGCGCGUGGCCCAAACCGUGCCGCUCUUUACGUGAAGCUCAACCCGACAUACAUUGGCGUCACAUUCGUCGAAAUCUUCUAUACGCCGGGGAACAACAAGGGUAUCAUAGGCCAGCUUAAUGUCGAAAAGUAUGAGGUCUACGCUGCAUUGCGCGUGAGCCUGGGCGCGAUCAAGCUGCCAGGAAACAUGCAUAAGCUUUGCACCUACCGUGAGGGCCCUGGUCGAGCAGAGCAGCGAGCAGGUUCGAGGUACACCGUCCGACCGUUGGUCUCGUUCGAGCACGAGGAUGAUGUCAAGGUGGUUGCGGGCGAUUCGACUGUACUCAUGAGCGAUGUAGCGCACCUCAUGUGCCCCUCCUCCGGCUCCGGCGCUAAUUUCGCCAUGCUCGAUGGCUUCGAGCUCGCUCAAGGGAUCGAUGGUGCUGCUUCGAGCGAAGAAUAA